GGAUGCUUCAAAUAUUAAAGACAUUCAACAAUUUUCAAAGUGGUUGUUAGAUGUAAGAGAUGGAAAGAUAUCUGAACCAAAUGAUGGUUAUGCGAACAUACAGAUCCCAAAUGAAUUUUUGAUAACAGAUUAUGACGACCCAAUCCAUGGCAUUGUUGAAAGUACAUACCCUAACAUACAACAACAAUUCAAAAACAAGGAAUAUCUAAAGUGUAGAGCUAUUUUAGCAUCUACCUCUGUAAUUGUUGAUGAUAUUAACGAGUACAUAUUGUCCUUGCUCCCAGGCGAAGAAAGAGAAUAUCUAAGUUCCGAUUCUGUAGACAAAUCAGAUAUUGUUGAUGCGGACGCAUUUGAGGCGCUGACACCUGAAUUCUUACAUUCCCUACGAACAUCCGGACUACCUAAUCCACAAAUAAAGCUCAAAAUAGGAACUCCAAUCAUGUUGUUAAAAAACAUAGACCAUUCUGAAGGAUUGUGCAAUGGAACAAGAUUAAUUGUUAUAAGGUUAGGCAAUCAUGUUAUUGGCGCAACAUCGUUGUCUGCCUACAACAUGGACAAUGAGAUUUACAUUCCUCGCAUGUGCAUGUCUCCUUCCCAAUCACCAUGGCCUUUCAAACUUAUAAGGAGACAAUUCCUUAUUGUUGUUUCAUAUGCCAUGACUACCAACAAAUCUCAAGGACAAUCACUAGCAAACGUUGGAGCAUAUUUGCCAAGACCUGUUUUUAGUCAUGAACCAUUAUAUGUCGCUUUAUCAAGGGUUUAAAGCAAAAAAGGACUGAAGAUCUUGAUACACGACAAGGAAAACCACUAGAUACCACCACAAAUGCUGUGUUCAAAGAGGUUUUUGAAAACCUCUGGCAUCAAUGAUUCAAUGCUUUUACUAUAAUUUCCGGACUGUUGCAAAGAAAACAUACUACAUGUUGAUUCUUAUUUACCUUUUACAAGAACUCUAUAUAGGUUUUGCUCUAAUUAAUGC